GACACAUUCUACAUAUCAAUAGCGUGUUUAUAAUACCACCCAGAUCGGUGAUGUGUUAUUAUAACUUACCCCAUCUGAAGACGUACACGAAUAUAAACGAUGUUAAUUAGCGGAAUCGUCACUCGGUCCCAGCUGUCAUGAUCAAUCCAGUUUACCCCAAGGCGCGCUAGCAAUUCAUUUGUGCCAGUAAUGCCAACUGUUCCAUAUAAUUGUGCUAUGCAAUAAUACUGCAAUGACUCCAUGUUGAAACCCGUUUCAAACUGCAGUGCAUUUACAAACCUGUCAUUACGGAUGAGUAAUCAGAAAGAAGAAGAACCUUCUCACGAUUCUAUAUUCAAGGAACACAGUUUGUUUUUGAAUGGGACAUGCAAGUUACUGACGAAGAUAAGGAACAAUCUUAAUUUUCUCCUCAGUCAGUUUGGAUACCCUCCUCCGCAACUCUCUCCAAAUCCCGAUAUAUCUCGUCUUCAACAACAGACUAAAACUCUGAGAAGAAAUAUAGAAAUUUUCAUAAACGUUCAAAAUGGCGCUCGGCAAGACCCAGUGUUGGUCUGGAUUUCCAGCCAUGUCAUGUGACAUUGAAUGUCUUCGUACGAAGUAUCAGAACCUUCAAACAGAAUGGGAUAGUCAACAAGAACAUCUGGGACGACUACAAAAUGAUAUGUACAAAAUGCGCAACCAACUCCAGCACCAGAGCCAAUUUUGUGCCUCCUUGGGUGCAGUAUUAGGUAACCUGAUAUGGAAGGCUUCACGCAUACCACAAGUGGUGGACAUGUUACUUUCAGGAAACAAGAUGGGUGAUUUCCUGAACAUUGUUAAUGGGACCCUCGUCUCUUUCAUUGAGACCUAUGAUUCCCACAUGCCAGGCCAGUGUGCUGAUGAAAGUCAAUUCAUUAUGUCCAUGUGUGGCAUAAUCACAAAUAUUGCUGCAUCUCCAGCAGGCCGCCAGUUUCUGGUCACAAAUCCCACAGGCAAGGAGUUGCUUGAUAUGUUUGUGCGAGUGUUGCCUCGCAUUCCUUGUCCUUCAGGAAACUGUCUAAAAAGACUGAUACUAAUGGCAUUGUACAACAUAAGCAUAAACCAGUAUGGUUUGAAUUACCUUCAAGAGAAGAAAGAUAUUCUGCCCGCUAUAACCUCAAACCUCCACUGCGAAUGUGCCAAUGAUCUAAGAAUCAUGUCACUGAGGUUGCUUCAGUCUAUUACAUAUGAAAUUUCUACCCUUAAAUUAUUGGAAGAAAUUGAAGAAACGAUUCCUUUUGAAAUAAUUGAUGAGAUGAUUGCAUCGGAUGAUGCAGAAGCAAAACCUGUGGCACAGGAAAUCCUAGACAACAUGGAAAGAGCACGACAGAAAUUUGGAGUUAGCAGUGGCGGAAGACAUCAAAAAUCUGUUCCGUACAAUAGAUGCUUCUUUGUUCAAGCAGGUGAAUCGAUACAAGACAGUCUUCAGAAAGGAAAGCUUCCUAUUCAUAGGAAUUAUGGAGUUUCAGCCUCUAAAUGAUUAUUCUUCUAAAUAGAACGCAAUGUAUCUGAACAAUUUUAUACUUUUGUCUUUUAACUAUCAGUUUCUGGAAUUUGCACAAAGUUUAAGAAUACUGUCAAUAAAAUUGUCUUUGUUCUUUAAAAAAAUGUUCACAUUAUUUUGUAGUAUAAUUCAUUUCCGUAUUAAUUUACACAUUUUGUGGAAGAGUCGACUGUGUAACAAAAGUAGCAAAGAGCUUGUCAAAUCUUCUUAAGGAAGACAUAUCUGCACGAAACAAAUUACUGCCAUGGACAUACAAGAGAGGAGAAUUUUGGAUUUCUCCGUAACAAACGCAUAUCAUCAGAAUACCUGUGCAAAUCAACAUUUUUCUGUGACUGUAUCAAGAGGAAUCAUAACUUGGAUUCAGUUUGCUUCCACAAACUUAAUUUGUUGGAGCAUGUAAUCUGCUCAAAUAGUUGAAUUAAAAAUUACUUAUAAAUAAGUGAAUACUUUGGAAAAGUGAAGGUAAACAUUUAGAAACCAAUUUGGUUAAAAAGUUAACCAUGUUACUGGUCACAUAUGUAUAUCAAACUACAUAUUCUAUAUGAAAACGUAUUAUAAAAACAUUAAUAACAGUGAUGAUAAUAAAUUUGAAAUAAAUUUUAUAGAUAUUU